AUGCUGCGGCCUCGGGUUUGCGACCCGUGCCAUUCUCGAAAGGUUCGAUGCGACGGGAAUGAUCCCUGUGGAAACUGUCUGGACCAAAAGGCUGCUUGCACUCGGGCCCGGGAUAUGAAGCGACUCUCGAAGAGAAACCUCGCUCAGAAUCAGAGACGAAGGGUGCGUGAACAUCAAGCUGACGAACCUCUUGCGAUCCAGCCCUUGGCCACAUCUUGUGGAUCAGGAUCACUGCAAAGCUUUGUUGAGCAGUCAAGCGACCCUUCUAUGUCCAAUGUGCUUCAUCAAAUUGAAGACGGGUUUUUGGUGGAUAUCCUAGGAGAUGGCAUGCUCCUGGAACAUCUCGACAUGAAUUAUGGGCCUCCAAGCUGGAUGUCGUUUGUUCCUCUAACGGACGAUCAGAUGGCCAACCAGCAUCAAGUGGAGCAUUCGCAGGGCCUAGCUUGGAAUAGGCGCCAGGCACUGCAAUCUGCGUUAUCCGUUGCAAGCCAGCUCUUAGGCGGUAUGGAAGAAUGCACAGAAAUGGCUAGGGAAACAGCAAUUAGUGAAGAGCAACGCAACAUUCCCUCUUUUGAAUUUCUAUACUGGAUGUUAAACGAUAUUUACAGUGACAGAUUUGGCUCCUUUGUUUUGGACUUUUUCAGACACAUUGGCAAACAUACUCUCAAGCAUAUGGGGUCAUCCAUUCUGUUUAAUACUGCCACGUCUUGUGAUUCUAUUCUCUACACCACCUGCGUCAAUUCUGUGGCUUAUAAGUUCCUCAACACGAUAUCAGGGACUGAAAGAGAUGAUGAUCUGGCUCAGAAACUCCGGCAUCGCGCACUUCUCUAUCGAGAGACAGCAAUAACAACAAUGAAAAAAAUUCCACUUAUGAUCAGGCCUUCACUUUCUCUUUUGCAGGCCCUACUCUGCGGGAUUUUCUUACAACAAGGAGCUGGCGACACGCAUAUUUGCUGGGAGUUGACAAGGACGGCGUGCAGAGUAUGUAUAGACAUCGGCCUUCACCCUGCCGCUGCCAGCGAGGAGGAGUAUUAUUGCUUCAUGUGGUGCUACAUAUUGGACAGAAACUAUGCCUGGAAACUUGGAAAACCCAGAAUCCUGACCGUUGAGACCAAUACCAUUAUGGGCCCUCGAAGCUCGAAUACGGCGGCCUCGGAACUUUUUCUAAUUUAUUUGGACCUGGCCAAAGUCCAGGAUAUAAUGAUACCAUCUCUUAAAGACUCCAUCAAGCCAGACACAGAUGCCUUUCAGUCGUUCCAUGAUAUCGGAGCACAUGUCUCGCGGAAUAUGGAGAGCAUCCGGAGAAAAAUAGAUCAGAUCAAGCUUCCAUCGACGAACUGGUCAGGUUUAGAUGUCCACCACGAAAUUGCAACUCUCGACUUCGCCUAUCACUCGAUCAUGACCUGUAUCUUACACCUACAUCUAGCCACACUAGACCAGAAUGCCGCAGAUAACUAUCUCGUUUCAGCGCGACGGGAGCUACUAGCCUUGAUAGCCAUAUGCGCAUCAAACGACACACAGAAAACCGUCGCCUAUUUGCAUUGGACCCUUCUUUAUUACCCAUUGACUGCUUACUUUGCAGUUUUCUGCAAUGCCGUCGCAACAUGCCAUACAGGAGACUUUCAGAUCCUCAAGGAACUCGCGAACUGUCUGGCCGAGAGCGGGACGAUGAGUAAACCCAUCGCCAACAUGCACAGUCUUUUCCAGCAAUUUGUUUCUCUGUCAUGGUGCUUUUUCAGUGAAGAAGACACAAACAUCUCUGCAAAUGAGUGUGUCGCGCGGCGCCCACAGUCUUCUUCUCACCACUGGGGGGCUAUAGCUGGCAGCAGCUUAUCACCCUUGUCAUUACCUUCCUGGAUGGAAUCAGCUCUGAGCCAGGAAGCACUAACUCCAAAUACAGCCACGGUGAGACAAGCUUUUGAACCUACAAGUUCUCGUGUACUUGGAGAUGUCUUUGGAUCGUGA